AUGGCAAAGAUGCAAGAAGCUUUAGAUGUUAAUGAAGCCAUUACUGCUACUCAGGUCGUUCCUUCAUAUCGUCCGGAUGCCAAAACGAGACGUUACGACAGACAACUCAGAUUAUGGGCUUCUUCCGGUCAGAAAUCUUUGGAACAAGCUAGGAUAUUAUUAGUGGGGUGCGAUGCAGCGGGAUGUCAGGCUUUGAAGAACCUCGUUUUACCCGGAAUAUCACACUUUACUAUCCUCUCUUCCAACGUGACCACUUCUCAAGACGUAGCAACUAAUUUCUUUCUUCAUCCAACUUCCAUAGGUCGUCCGAUUGCUUUUGAAGCUGUACGUCAUCUGAGAGAACUAAAUCCCGCCGUGGAAGGAGAAUCGAACGUCAAUGAUCCCACUAUACUUCUCGAGACAAACCCAGAGUUCUUCCUCUCAUUUACACUGAUCAUAACUUCCAACCUUCCCCCUUCUCUAGAAUUACAAAUAGCUGAUCUUUUAUGGUCCGCUUCGGGUCCAGUUGGAGGCCCAGAUAUCCCAUUGAUAGGGAUAAGAAGUUCUGGUUUCAUCGGUCGUGUUGAAAUCCAACUCCGAGAACAUUGUAUUGUGGAUACGCAUCCUGAAACUAAUCAUACCUUAAGAAUAGAUCAACCUUUCCCCGCUUUAGAGGAAUAUGCAGUCAAUCUCGACAUAGACGGAAUGGAUUCCAUGGAUUAUUCUCAUAUACCAUGGGUUGUGUUACUUGUCCGUUUUGCAAGUCAAUGGAAGAAAGAUCACGGAGGCAAGUUACCAAGCAAUGAUGAAGAGAAAACUGCUUUUAAACAAUUGUUGAAAAGUGGGAAACGGAAAGGUGACGAAGAGAAUUUUGAUGAAGCAUUAACACAAGUAUAUCGAGUUUGGAAUAAAUCGGAUGUUCCAUCUGAGAUCAAAGCUUUGAUGGAGGAUGGUUUUAUCAAGAAUAUCUCUGUCAAUUCAAAAAAUCUACAUAUCCUCUUAAACACUUUAUCGCAAUAUCUUCUCACUCCUCCUCAUCUACCUCCGCUAUCACCAACCUUACCAGAUAUGCAUUCCUCCACAACCUCUUAUAUCGUCCUUCAGAAUUUAUUCAAAAGACAACAUCAAUCUGAUCUACAACUUUUCCGCCAGACCUUGUCCUCUACACUUGAGAAGAUUGGUCUACCGGAAGAUGCAAUACCUGACGAAGAGGUAGAAGGGUUCGUGAGAAACAUCGGGGGAGUGGGAAUCGUCAAAGGAUCAUUUUUGAGAGAAAGAAGAGAACUUAAAGGGUUGAUUGUAUCAAUAAUUGAGGAAAGCUUUGCGCCAGGAGGGUAUCUUAGUGUACCAUGCGCUAUGCACUUUGCUCUCAUGGCUUGUGAAAGGUAUCACUCUGUCUAUGGAAAGUUCCCAGGUUCUGGGGAAGAGGAUGAUGUGGCAGAAGAUACGAGGAAGGUGGGAGAGAUAGUAGGGGAGAUGGUGAGAGGAGUUGUAUCAUUACAGAUUCUACCAGAUGAGGUGAUUGAGAGUAUUGCGGAAAUAAUCAGAGGUGGGUUCGGUACUUUACCCACUACUGCUGCAUUACUCGGGGGUGUAGUAGCUCAAGAAACUAUAAAACUUAUAACCGCUCAAUAUGCGCCGUUGGACAAUACUGUGGUGUUUGAUCUAAUCAAGAGUCAGAGUGAAAAGUGGAAGUUUUGA